GUGCAACGGGUCGACCUUUUCCGGGUUUCCGUCGAGCGCCACCCGGACCGCCUCGCUGACAUGGUGGACACAAGGAGAGCCAGCAUCACUCAGCGAACUGCGAGACACGACAGCAAGUUCGACCGAGAGGCUUCCAUCCAUGACCGGAGGCUCCAGGUGUUGAUGGCAGCCUUGCGACUUUGUAACAAGGCACCUGCCCAGGUCCGCUCAAGAAGCAAAAGGAGUGUCUCUUUUGAAUUUUAA